CCUCCUUGGCUUGGGGGCUAAUUAUAAAGUGACUCCAGCAGCCACCAGCCCCGGGACAGUCAGGCCAGGCGAGGCAGCCGCGCCGAGCCCUGCAGUCCAGCCCGCGGCCCCGCGGCGACGCCGAGGACCGCGACGAGCAGCGCUUGGGACCCGAUGUCGCCGACCAGCCUGCGCCAUCCGAACGGCGUCAACCCCAUGGCGCGGUUCCUGACACUCUGCAUUUGGCUGCUGGCGCUCGGCCCCGGGCUCCUGGCGACCGUGAGGGCGGAAUGCAGCCAGGACUGCGCGACGUGCAGCUACCGCCUGGCGCGCCCCACCGACAUCAACCCCUUGGCUUGCACCCUGGAAUGUGAAGGGAAACUGCCCUCUCUCAAGACCUGGGAAACCUGCAAGGAGCUCCUGAAGCUGACCCAGCUGGAGAUUCCUCAAGAUGGCACCAGCGCCCUCAGAGAGAGCAGCCCCGAGGAGAGCCACGCGCUAGCCAAGAAGUACGGGGGCUUCAUGAAAAGGUAUGGAGGCUUCAUGAAGAAAAUGGAUGAGCUGUAUCCGCAGGAGCCGGAAGAAGAGGCCCCCGCGGGGGAGAUCCUGGCCAAGAGGUACGGGGGCUUCAUGAAGAAGGACGCCGAGGAGGAGGACGAGGACCCCCUGGCCAAUUCCUCGGACCUGCUGAAAGAGCUGCUGGGGCCUGGGGAGACCCGAGACGGCGGCCGCCCCCGCGAGGGCGGUGAUGACGAAGACGUGAGCAGGAGCUACGGGGGCUUCAUGAGAGCCUUGAAGGGCAGCCCCCAGCUGGCGCAAGAAGCCAAGAUGCUGCAGAAGCGGUACGGGGGCUUCAUGAGAAGAGUCGGUCGGCCCGAGUGGUGGAUGGACUACCAGAAGAGGUACGGGGGCUUCCUCAAGCGCUUUGCCGACUCUCUGCCCUCCGACGAGGAAGGCGAAAGCUACUCCAAAGAAGUUCCCGACGUGGAGAAGAGAUACAGAGGAUUUACGAGAUUCUGACCCCCUUCCCGGCCGAUGACCCCAGGCCCCAGCAGGCCUCCCUCUGUCCCCCGGUCAAUCGUGUGUUAUUAUCGCGCACUGCUUGCAUGGUACGGUGGCCUUUAUUGUCUGGGUAACUACACAACCUGCAAGCGCUCGCUUCGGGCGCCGUGUUCCCUCGACCGUGUUGAUGCUCAGUAUUGGUCUCUUACAGCUGUGUCGUGUUCCUGCUAAAAUGGUUGCUGUUCCUUUGUCCUUCACUCUUGACAAAAAUACCAGUAAACGCUUACUUGUAAAUAGGUACAAUAAACCCAUUACCCCAACUGCA